AUGUCAGAGCGCCGUCAGCCAAAGCCUUCCCCGGCGCAAAGGAGCGGGAGGGAACAUGCACUCUUUGCAACGCCGGCCUUUGUUUGUGUUGGAGAUGAUCGAGUCGCGUUUGAGGUCACCGUCGACCCGUCGAGGGUUCGCUCGCCGUCAGACAACACACAGAAAUCUCGGGCAAAGAAGAAAGAAGAAAAUCAAAAAUAUAUAAAAGACAAGACUAAUAGCAGGAGCGCAGAGAAGAGCGGCAGAGACACAGCAGUCACCGCAGACCAGCACAACAACACUACGCGAAGAUCCCAGGAAACUCGAGAAAUGACGUCAGUGACCCCAGUAGAAGUCCCAUUUACUGGACCCCAAAAGAAGAUUACUUUAAAGACCCCAGCAGAAGAACCUCUUAAGCAACCCCAGACCCCAGAUGAUUCCGUCUCUUCGAUUAAACCCCCGUUUCCUCCCCCACCAGACCCCAAUAAACCCCGAGAGACCCGUCCAGUGCUUCCACCUGACCCCACUCAGGUCCCAGAAGCUUCUACCAGGCCCCCCAGGUCCCAACCCCUCCCUCCCAGCCUCUCAGCCGACAGACCAUAA